UCCAAAAAAAUACUUUGAAGUUCAACCUCCAAACACCUAAAGAAAACAUUAACAGAUCUAAGGUUAAAUAAAUCACAAGCAAUCUGGAGUUAAAUUCGAAUCGCGAUAACCUAAUUUCCCUAAUAUUAUCGCUCUAACUAAAGUUUAUGUUAAUUAACUGAUCAGGGAGUCACUAAUGUCCCUAUAAUGUAGGGGUUGAUGGAACGUAACUUCACACCCUUUCGUAUCUAGAUUGUACUGGCGUCAGUCGUGGCUCAAGCGUUGUGGGGGUCGCACGUCCCGACCGAUCGCCCGCCCUUCUCUCACACAACUUCGGGAGCGUGGCACUGUGAACCGUGGUACAACUUUCUGUGUAUAAGUGUUAAAGGGGAUUCUAUAGACAUUCCAAUUAAUAUAAAAAAUGCAAGCCAGGAAACGUCAAAGAAAAAGACGAGUGAAGAAAAUUAGUGCUGUGCGAUGGACGUGCCAUAGAAAAAUGUAAUUUGUGUUUACCAAGUUAAAGUUCAAAAUGGGUGUAGCAAUGAUUUGGCCAACAAUGGGUAGAUUCACGAACAGAGAUCUGUUGGUGGUUGUUUUGUUCUUGUGCAGGACAAUAGUUUGUGACAGUCAGUGUCCAAAGUUUGCGGAGAAGCCACUUGAGACGAGAGUUCAAGAUGCCUCCAUAGUUUUUAGGGCUGUGGUCGUACAGACACAUUAUCAGAGUAAGACACUAGACUUAGCUCUAGUGUCGAUAUACAGAGGUGGCGUGGAGCUUGCAUCCAUCAGCCAGUAUGCAGGUUCACCAUAUAAUACUACAGAUAGGCAGGUGAACCUCAAAAUCAAUCCACAACUGGGCGACUGCUUCAACUGGAGCAUGACGCCCUCACAGAGCGAGCUGGUCGUGUUCGCAAGGAUCAGUGACCCCGCAGUAGACCUGGAGACCACUCCACCAGACGGACCGUGGCUGGAGGCGACGGCGGCCGCAGUACCCUGGAGCUUGGGCGUCGAUAUCGCCAUUUGGAAUGCUGUUGGUUGGGCGGGGUGGGGGGAGUGGGGGGCAUGCAGCAGGACCUGCGGAGAGGGGAAGCAGACCCGCAGGAGGUACUGCUCCAAGCCAAGCUGCGAGGGGUACGGGGAACAAGGCAGGUCGUGUAACUCUUUCGAUUGUGAAGGCACAAUAAACCCACUGGCGCCGGGUGCCCGACGUAACUUCCACCCAGCCCAAGCCCGGUGGGGCUCCGUCGCAGACCGACCGCACGCCUUCAGUCUAAGACCUAACUCCUACAUAUGGAUCGCGUCUUCAGAACUAUUUUCAGCCGGGAAAACCUUUCCUCGGGAAUUCACACUGUUUAUCUCACUGAGAUUGCGGCCGGAGAGCGGUGGUUACGGUCAAGGCACCCUCUUCUCAUUGAGGUCUCGAAGACGCACGGGAUCCUUCCUAUCAUUGGAACUGGCUGGCAGAGGAGCCGCGAGACUGGUGCACGCUGGCUCAGGGUCAUCACGCUCCAUAUACUUAGCUGUACCUUUGUAUGACUUUCGCUGGCAUCAUAUUGCUAUCAGCGUCCACGAUGACAACACCGUACGGGCUUACGUUGACUGUCGCUGGCUCAGAACUGAUGUUCUUGAGAAAGAUGCACUCGACACUCCAAGAGAUGCUGAUCUCAUCAUUGGAUAUCUCUUCUCCGGCGACCUGGAACAGCUAGUCUUGGUGCCAAAAGCCGGCCAGGCUCAGAAACAGUGCUCGAGCCAAGUUGUCGGCCUGUCCACACCAUACGUCACCAUACACGAAACGUAACUGCGAUCAAGAUAUGCCACAAAAUUAAGAAGUCGAGUUAGUAACCAGAGUUGAAAGACGAUUGUGAUUUUUGAUUUAGCUGGGUAUUACAUCUUGUGCAUACAUCGCGAUUAUUGUUAAAUACACUGUAAGUAAAUGUACAUUAGGUUCAAAGUUGCCUGACUAGUUUUGUCUAUUGAUAUGGAUGCGUAGAGUGCUCCUAAUUAAGGAUUCCUUUUGAGCCUAAGGCUGAUGAACAUCUAUGAUUCUCGAUGUAUUUAACAGUAAUUACGAUUCAUGCAAAGCAAUUAUUGAAAUAAUUUAUAAAUGAAGUUAUAAAAGGGGAAUGCAGUCACAUAAUAAAUAUGCAAACAAAAUAAGGGUCAGUUUUCAUUAACGCUGAUUGUUUGAAAAAUAUGGCAGCGGCUUUUUCAGUUCAUUACCUAAUGAACGCGUUGAUCAAGUGAGAUCUUAUUAAAAUUUACUGUUUUAAUUUACUAAUAUAAUGAACCGAUCCUUGUUUUACUCAUAUGUGAAUUUUGACCUUUCUUAUUCAUGUAACGAUCGACAAUUUUCAAGAAUAAUCUAUAAUAAUAUGCCUAAAAAUAUGACAUGAAAUAUUGUAUAAAUUAGUAUGAUAACUCUGUAUAGACUAAAUAGAUACAUGUGAACAUGUGAAUUGUAAAAACAAAGGUAUUUGUUUAAGUAUUAUUACGAAUAAAAGAAAAUGUAUUGUUCCCAAUAAGUCUUGAAUAUUUUUCAGCCCUGCGAACAUGAAUUGCUAUUGUCUUGUAAUCAAUUAUUUUAUUAAUACGAACUGCUUAAUUAUUUGUAUUCUUGGAAUCAAUAAUUGGAACCCAGUGAGAUAUUUUGAAAAGUUAAUUUAUACUUUAUGUCUACAGAUAAG